UGGCCGUAAUUUGGCAGUGUCAUUAUUAGUAUCAUCUUGAGAUUCUAUCAAACAACUCUGUCACAAUGAAAUUCUUCAUCGUUCUUGCCUGCGUUUUGGCCGUUGUUGCCGCUAACGAAGAAGCCAAUGUCCUCCGUAAUGACGCCGAAGUGAAUGUGGACAAUUUCAAAUACGCCUACGAAUUCGACAACAGCAUCAAGGCUGAACAAGAAGGUAAAUUGGCCGGUGAAGAUACCUGGGUCGUCAAGGGCCAAUACUCCUUCACCUCCCCCGAAGGCGAACAAGUCUCUUUGCAAUACACCGCCGAUGAAAACGGUUACCAUGUCGAUGCUGCCAACCCCUUGUUGCCCACUCCUCCACCAGUUCCAGAACACAUCCUCAAGGCCAUUGAAUACAUCAAUGCCCACCCUCCUAAGGAAUUGAAUUAAAUUGAGUUGGAAUUAAAUUGU